AUGACGACAUAUUCUGGGAGUGGGAGAGGCCCGGGUUCGUUCCUCUCGAGCCUGAAUAACUUGAUUAAUGGCUUGGCUACGGGAACAAGCUCCAGUGACAAAACGAAGAGCUUAGCCGACGAAUUGGAAGAGGACCAGAUGGUAGUUGUUUUGAGAGUUAUUCUACGUACUGACGCGGACAAAGCUAAGGCCCUUCUUACACUUGCUCAGAUCUCAGGAGUCUCUUCUGUAACCUUCGAUGGGGACGAGAGGGUGACCAUGAUUGGGAAGCGGACAAUGGUUUUAUUUCCGGUAAUAAUGCAAUUGAGAAAGCACUGGUCAGCUGACAUAAUUUCGGUUGAGCCGAGGAAGAAGGCCGGGCCAAAGAAGGAAAGUGUUAAUGAUCAACUGAAGAAAGAAGAUCAAAAAGUGGUUUUGGAAGGGGAGCGUUCUGGAGGAGAAGCAUUCCUUGGUGAGAAGCAUCCACAAUCAACCAAAGGAUCAGGUGAGUCAGGUUUAGGGAUCAACAAUUCCAUUGCUGCAGGCAAAUCCACCGAUACAGCUGCCUACAUGAGGAGCCGGAACGAUAACUGGUACUCCUUCUGUGAGUUCCUCAACAACCGCCUGCGUCCGUUGAAUAUCUCUGGGUGCAGAGCCAAAGACGCCAUUGAAUUUCUCCGCUUGGAGAUGACUACUUUGGGUAACUCCACGGCCCUCGUCGGGGGUCUCAUUGCUGCGUGUGAGGCGUACGGCAUAAAACCAAAGGACAAUCCGUUUCGCAGUCUAGCUGUAGUUUCAUACAUGAAGGAGACGAGGGAGAUGACUCGAGAAACUGAAUCCAUUUUUUUCUUUUCGUGCAACGACAAUCUUGAUGUGGAGGAAACAUCUUUCAACAAAGCCAUCUUAAAAGAGUUGUACGAGCGAGAGGUCACUCCUUUGACAUACAACCUAUCAGGGAGAGAGGACCUGGACUCGGAGAUGCUUUACAGAUCUAGUGUUGGUAUUAUGGUUGUUUCAAAUAGUUGUUUUGCUCGUGGUAGUCAGUACUUGGAUAACCUGCUGGCAAUCAUGGAGCAUUGGAAAGCAAAAAACCUUGUAAUUGUUCCUGUAUUUUUUAAGGUAACACUCUCAGACGUUUGUGGGUUGGAAGGCCAUUCGGAAGAAGUACUUCUGCAGUAUUCGAGCUCUAUCCAGGCAGACAGAAUUCCGAAAUGGAAGGCGGCUCUGACUGAAAUGGCGUCCAUUGAUGGAUAUCAAUGGUCAAAGGGGACUCAGUUUAUGCUUGUCAAGAAAGUUGUAAGGAACAUAUGCUUAAGGCUACAAUUGAAAAAUAGCAAGAAUCUGGUCAGAAUCUUAGCACUGCUAAAUCACCCCCAGCCUUCAGAAGCGGAAAUUGAGGGAAUCUGGGGCAUGGCAGGAGUAGGUAAGACAUCCAUUGCUACAGAAGUUUUCGAAAUACUAGCUCCACAAUAUGAUUUGUGCUACUUUCUGCAAGACUUCCAUCUAAUGUGUCAAAGAAAAGGGCUGAGGCAAAUGCGUGAUGAUUUCUUCUCUAAAGUAUUUGGGGAAGAAAAACUAAGUAUAGGCGCUUGUGAUACAAAGCAGAGUUUCAUGCGGGACUGGUUCCACAAUAAAGCGAUUCUCGUUGUUCUUGAUGACGUGAGCAGUGCCAGAGAUGCAGAAUAUGUAGUUGGAGGGUUUGGCUGGUUUUCUCGUGGACACAGAAUCAUCUUAACUUCAAGGAGAAAACAAGUUCUUGUACAGUGUAAGGUUAAAGAGCCAUAUGAGAUCCACAAGUUAUGUGAUAAUGAAUCUUUUCGUCUGUGCAAACAGUAUUUAAAAGAAGAAAAUGCGAUCAUCUCAGAGCUUAUGAGCUGCAGUAGUGGUAUACCACUGGCUCUCAAAGUUUUGGUUUCCUCUGUAUCAAAGCAGCAUAUUAACGAUAUGAAGGAACAUCUCCAAAGCUUGCGAAGAAAUCCUCCAACCAAGAUUCAAGAAGCAUUCCAGAGAAGCUUUGAUGGACUGGAUGAAAACGAAAAGAACAUAUUUUUGGACCUUGCAUGUUUUUUCAGAGGGGAGAACAAAGAUCACGUGGUGCAAUUACUUGAUGCUUGUGGGUUUCCUACAUAUUUGGGAAUUUGUGAGCUCAUUGACGAGUCGCUCAUUAGCCUUCUGGACAAUAAGAUAGAGAUCCCUAUUCCUUUUCAAGACAUGGGUCGAUUUAUUGUUCAUGAGGAAGACGAGGAUCCAUGCGAACGUAGCAGAUUGUGGGACUCUAACGACAUCGCCAAUGUAUUGGAAAACACUUCAGGAACUGAAGCAAUUGAGGGAAUAUUCAUGGAUGCGUCUGACUUGACUUGUCAGAUGAGUCCUAAUGUGUUUAGUGAGAUGCAUAGACUUAGAUUGCUGAAGUUGUAUUGUUCCACCUCUUGGAAUGAGUGCAAGCUACAUCUACCUCAAGGCCUCGACACUUUGCCCGAUGAGCUAAGGCUACUUCACUGGGAGUAUUACCCUCUGAAAUACUUGCCUCAGAAAUUUAAUCCUGAGAACCUCGUAGAGGUAAACAUGCCUUAUAGCAACAUGGAGAAGAUAUGGCAAAGGCAGAAAAAUCUCGGGAAGCUAAAGAAUAUCAAACUGAGUCACUCCAGAAAUCUAAAUGAUGUCAUGAUGUUAUCAGAAGCCAUGAACCUUGAAUAUAUAGAUCUUGAAGGAUGUACGAGUCUGGUUGACGUUAGCAAAUCCAUUCCUCUUAGUGGGAAGCUUGUUUCUUUGAAUAUGAAAGACUGUUCUCAUUUGCGAACUUUGCCUGCCAUGCUUGGUUUAACAUGCCUCAGGCUUCUUAAUUUGUCUGGAUGCUCAGAGCUCGAGGAGAUUCAAGAUUUUGCACCAAACUUGAAACAGUUAUAUCUAGCUGGGACUGACAUAACAGAGCUUCCGUUGUCAAUCGAGAAUUUAACUGAACUUGUUACGCUAGAUCUGGAGAACUGCAGAAGGCUUCAGCACCUGCCAUUUGGGAUAAAGAACUCGAGAUCUAUUGUCGAGCUUAAGCUCUCUGGUUGCUCAAGUCUGGAGAGCCUUUCAAAACUUGAGGCCUUAGUUUGA